UUCGACUGCUGUGAAGUAGUUGCGUAUCACUGACAGGCUGACGGAUUCCAGCGCCUAAGAAACCAGGGAAAGUCCGAUUGUUCUUUCCAUACAACUAAAUGGCUCGGAAUUACAAACUAUUCAGCAUAUGUAGAUGAGUGAUUCGUUAUUAUUCGCGUUUGGGUUCAGUUUGGAAAUGCAAACGAUUCACCGGAUUUAAAUUCAGACGCCUGACACUCCAGCAACCAUGCAUUUGUGUAGCUUUGUGGGCUCUUUACUCAUCCUUUUCAUCAGCAGGAUCAUGGAUGACUCUGUCGCCAGCACGGAGGAAAUCUUGCCUCCCACCAUUCAAAAACUGAUGAAGGGAUACAACAAGUACCUGAGGCCAUUCUUCGACAAUGGCCCUGUUACUGUAGGCAUGAGUUUGGAUAUUGCCAGCAUAGACACCAUAUCAGAAAUCAAUAUGGAUUACACAGCCACCAUCUUUCUUCGUCAGCGCUGGACGGAUGAACGGUUGUGUUUUGAUGGCAAUAAGAGCUUAAGUCUGGAUGGGAGACUGGUGGAACUCCUCUGGGUCCCUGACACAUUCAUUGUGGAUUCCAAGAAAUCCUUCCUGCAUGACAUUACUGUCGAAAACAGACUGAUCCGGAUAUUCCCCAAUGGAACUGUGCUGUAUGCCCUGAGAAUUACCACCACAGUGGCCUGCAGUAUGGACCUGACCAAAUACCCCAUGGACAGGCAGACAUGCACCCUUCAACUUGAAAGCUGGGGAUAUAACGUAAAAGAUGUUGUGUUCCACUGGACUCGGGGGAACCAGUCAGUUAGUGGUCUUGAUAAUUUACAACUGGCUCAGUACACCCUUGAGGAUCACUACACUUCAGAAUCUGAGGCUGUUUAUGAGACUGGCAACUACCCUAAGUUGAUCUUCCACUUUAAACUCAAGCGGAGUAUCUUAUAUUUUAUUCUGGAGACGUACGUUCCUUCCAGUGCUCUGGUGGUCCUGUCCUGGGUCUCGUUCUGGAUCAGUCAGUCUUCAGUCCCAGCUCGCAUCUGCAUAGGAGUGACCACAGUGUUGACUAUGACCACCCUGAUGAUGGGAGCCCGCACUUCUCUACCAAAUGCCAACUGCUUCAUCAAAGCCAUUGAUGUGUAUCUGGGUAUCUGCUUCAGCUUCAUUUUUGGCGCGCUAAUUGAAUACGCAGUUGCCCAUUUCUGCACUUUACACCAACCAAAUGCUGCCAAUGCAUACAUGUAUGGCCAGGAAAUGCAGGAGCGUGAGGACGAAAUGAAUGGCAUCGUCAACUCCAUCGGCACCCAUGCUCUUCGGGCCCGUAAACGGGAGGAGAUGCUGUCCCGCAUGGGCAGCACCAACAGCCCCACUCCUGGUGACAGUAAUGAGGAGAUCAGCUCGUCACAGGCAAAGAAACGCUGUGGCAAGUCCAUAGCGGUGGCACGGCGAGUCGUGCACUGUCUGUACUGCUGUAAAGUGGAGAACCCACACUACAUCGACAACUACUCACGACUUACCUUUCCUCUCUCCUUCAUCUUCAUUAAUCUCCUCUACUGGACCUACUACCUGUACUUCUAGAGCUCCUGCUCUGUGUGUCAGGACAGGCGCUAUGGGGUGGUGGCAGAUUUUCAAUCUGCUUCCCAAGUGUAAGUCAAGAAAUUAAUUUGAAUGCAAUUUCUUACUCUGCUUUGCAUGAUUCCCUUGCGUGUCCAGUUGUGAAAAUUAAUUUUCGCUAAUCAACAUUAGUUUAUUUCUUCUUAUUUUCUGAUUGGUGAUAAACGCGAAUAAGUUAUAAGUCAAGAGCUGUGGUUACAGAUGUCAUUGACUUGUUAGUCUGGAGGUUACAUGUUUGUUUAGAAUGCAAAGGAGCCUGGAUUCAAAUCCAGAGCAACACUAUAAGAAAAUUUUGAUUUUUUUUUUUUUUACUUGUGGUAACAUCUAAAUUAACUGGUUUUGUUCAAGUCAAAAAUAUAUUAUUUAAUAUGACUGAAUCAAGCUGACUUAAUUGGGUCACACUAACAAAGUAAUUUUUGAGGGUUAGAUCAAGUAGAAAUAACUCCUUAAGGUGCCUGUGUGUGUGUGUGCGUGUGUGUGUGUGUGUGGGCAGGUUUAAGUGGUUAACGAGGACUUUUUUUUAGGUUACAAACUGGUAAUUACAAGGAUAUUAUGCUAUAAAUGUGGUUUAUGAGGACAUUUCUAGUGUCCCCAUAAUUCAAAUAGCUUAAAAAACAUACAUAAAUGAUGUUUUAUUGAAAAUGUAAAAAUGCAGAAAGUUUUUUGUGAGGGUUAGGUUUAGCGUUAGGGUUAGUGGAUAGAAUCUAUAGUUUGUACAGUAUAAAAAUCAUUAUGUCUAUAGAGAGUCCUCAUAAUGAUAGCUGCACCAACGUGUGUGUGUGUGUCUGUGUGUGUGUGUGUGUGUGUGUGUGUGUGUGAGAGAGAGAGAGAGAGAGAGAGAGGUUUAUUGCGACAUACAGCAUGUGUGUCCGUUUUUUUCUCGCAUGUUACCUGAGGGUAUAUACUCUUACAUGUCAGCAUGCUUUCCAGUUUAGGUGUUUGAUUUUUCAUGGAGCUUUAGAUUAAUUUAAAAUUCUAACUAAAUUUGUCUAGCUCUAAAUUGAUCAUUUAUAUGAUUUGCUUUGUAAUAUGAUAUAUUUUGUAAUUUAAUGAUGUCCAUAUUCCAAUUCAAAUUGGACAUAUAAAUCUCCAUUUACACAUGUAACCAAGCACAAGCAAUUCAUAAAACAGUAGAGUUAAAAGAAAAUAGCUGUUUGUAAAUUAAACAUUGUAAUGGUUUCAGCAUAUUUGAAAGCUCCUUUGUACAGUAAUAAUAAGUAGCUGGACCAAAGAUUACACGUGUAUCUAAUGUUCAUAACAAGAACCUGAAUUUAUACUGUAUGAGCACCAGGUAAACUGAUUGCAUUGUUUUUGGGGAACAUACAGUGCAGUACAAAAGCCUGAGACCACUAAUGAAAAUGCUUCUAUUUUGCAUUCUUUUGUAAUUUUAUACAAACAUUUAAUUACAAAUUAUAUUAUCAGCAUAAAAAUUUGAAUUAAAAAUUUAAAUGAAAAGUUUACAAGGAUUUCAGAAUCUCUUAGAAUUUAAUAUAUCCCCCUUUUGCUUCAAUGACAGCAUGCACUCGAGACCCCACUGUAUGUUUGCAAAUUCUGCAGUCAUAUGUCAGCUGCCAAACAGGAAUCGAGCACUUACUUAUCGUUUUGGGGUGUAUAUGAAUAUUCUUCUAGGGAUUGUGAAUGAUUCUGUAUUAUCUGCAUGAUCAUUUAUUUAUUCUGCUGUAUAUUGUUGUAUUUAUUUUUGUGUUUAUAAAAAGUUUAUGUCUGACCUUGUUAAAGUAGAAGCCAUUAAGAACUGCACUACACUAUUUUUGAUAGCAGACUAUUUUUAGCAAUGUCUAUUCAUUAAGAAAAAAUUAAACAUUGAUGUGUACCUUUGCUAAUGUCACAUUCAACACUGACAUUUUAAAAUACCUCUUGACUGAUUUUUAUGCAUUGUUGAUGUCUGAAUUGCUGUUGUUUGUAUAUAGCCUGCUAUGGUAUAUUAAUUUCCCACUGUCAACACAGUGUAUAUUCCGUUGUUAAUAUUUCAUAGAGAAUUGCCUUUUUUUUUUUUUUUCUUUUUUUUUUACCUCUUCAGGAACAUGUUAUUCACCUGACUUCUGUGUGUAAUUGUUUCCUUUAACUGUGAAUUUCACACUUAUUACAUGUGCUCAGACUAAGCUUUACAAAUAUUAUUUUGUCCUCAUAUUGCCCUGAUGUUAUGAAUAACAAAGGCAAUAUUAAUUUGCAUGAAGCUUUUUGUUUUGGUAUAUAUUGGCUGAAUAUUGCAAAUGAAGUUUUUUUUUAAAACUUUUUUUUUUAUGAUUAUUAUUAUUAUUACUCUUACUUUAAUCAUGCAUGUAAGUUGCAUAUAUAUUGUCAAAGAGACAGCAAGCCAUGUAGCUCUGUUUUCCGGAAAUGUUUAAGAAAAUCCAUGUUUUAUUUAUUUAUUUUAACUGACCACCUGAAUCUAAAAGCUAGAAUUGUAUCAAUUGGACCUGUUUCACCUUAUUGUGUAAGGGCCUUUGUUGUCCUCUUGUUCACUUAACAGAAAGCACUAUUGUCUGAAAAGGUUUUUGCAAUAAUUUUACAUGUGUCUGUCAUGUUUUCUGUACUGUACAAAAGCAGACAUAGUAAUAGUGAAUUAGUGAAUGUUAGCAAAACCAUGCCCAACACUGCAACAAAAUCCUUGGCAGUGGCUUCUUAGAGUUUACUGCCCCUUACUGGUGAGUACAGUUCUCUGUACAUUUUUAUCAUUUGCUUAAUCCAGAGCUAAGUUGGUGUAGAAUGCAACCCUCGGCAAUACAUCUGUCACUGCAGUGUUUCCUUUAGGUUAGUAUGCUGUCAGUGUCAAUCCUGAUGUCAAUAAAUAAAUCAGAUUACUUGUUCUCAUUACUCUAGUUCAAUUUAUGCACUCUCUCUAAAUGCUAAAUGCCGUAUACACCACAUAUUUUAAAACUGUCAUCUCAGCAUGUAAAUUAACUUAAGACGUUCCUGACAUUUACUAUGACUUUUUUGGUGUAAAAUAAUGUUGCAUUUAGAUACGGAGCUUCAAAUGCAGAGCCCCAAAAUUAGUGUGGAUUUUUUUAUGUUGUAAGAUACUUUGUCUCACUGUGCAUGUAAAAUUAACAUUUUAGGGUAAUAAAAUAUUUUUGGUUAA